UAUAAAAAAUUAUAGAAUUUAGGAUUGCUUGCACGUUGAAAUCAUCUGACUAUGGCGUAAAUUCCUUAAAAGUAGCUGUGAAGAUUUAUGUGUCAACGAUUAGCUAAAACUUGCCUAAACACUGCACUUGACAAAAACAUAUGUAGAAAUAGGUGGCAACAUUAGGAAUUUAAAAAUACUAUUAAUGUCAACUUUUGUACAUUUAAAUCUAUGGGUUUGAAAACUAUUUGGCGUAUAUUUUCUGCAUCUGUUUUUGAAGACUACAUUUUAAUAAGUAUUGUCGUGUUAGUGAUGGAAGUGUCAAUAAAAUGGAAUAUGUGCAGAAUUUGUCUUCUGGAAGACCGUGCGGAAUCCGAGAAUCGCAUGCGUUCCAUAUUUAGCGAUCCUAAACUUUUAAAUAACAUUUUUGAAUGUGCAGGUGUAAAAAUCACACCUAAUGAUGCUUUGCCAGAUAAGAUUUGCCGCCAAUGUUUAAUGGUUUUAAGGUCUGCUGUGCAAUUUCGUACCACUUGUCGAAAAUCAGAUGGUUUUCUGCAAUAUGUGGUUGCUAAAACAAAAUCGGCAACAUCCUUAACAAAGUUUAAGAAAAAUCGUGAAGAGACAACUGGUUUAAUAACCAAAGUAAUUGAUUGUAUAAGUGAGGAAGAAGAUAAUUCUCCAAUAGAACAAAAUAAUAGUGUUAUCAGCAAUGUUAAGUUCAAAACUAGUUGUAAAACAGCUAAGAUUGGUAAAUGUAGCAAUGAAUUGGAAAUUCAUGGUGAAAUAACUGAAGGUAAGGAGGACCUAGAAGUAGUUGACGGAAAUGCAAAUGAGAAUGUAUUUGAAUUGAUUGCUAUUGAGUCUGGAAUAAAAUCAGAAAUGUAUACCGAAGAAUUAUUAGAUGACACAGAAGAAAAUAUGUUAGUCGCAACCAUGAAUAGCAAUAGUAAUUUUAAUUAUAUGGAAGUUGAAGGUGAACACGUAGAUACGAUGAAAACCGUAACUGAAACAGAGAUGCAAUCAGAAGAAUUUAUUGUUAGUUUUGUUGAAGACGAUCAUGAAAUUGAAAAUACAUUUAAAUCAAAAUUAAACACAAUUGGAGACGAUAGUGAGUUGGAGUGUAUAAAACCUGAACCAAAAGAUACUGAUGAUAAAAACAACAAAGGACAACAACAAAGCAGUACAAUUGAAAUAUGUACAAUUGACCCAGAAUUAUGUGAGGUAGAGUUUUUGGAAGGGGAUUGUAGUCUUGAUAUGGGUUUGAAAAAGACAGAGACAAGAAGUAUAAUUAAAGCUAGAGAUGGUAUAAAAAAAUUGAUUCCACAUGUUGCUAAAUCACAAACAGCACGCAUAUGUAUAAAACAUAAUGAAACUUAUCUAUGCAAUACUUGCGGUAAUUCGUUCACGGAGAGGAAAACCUUAAAUCAACAUAUGCGUAUUCAUCGUAAUGAAAGAAAGUAUGAGUGCGAGUUAUGUUUUAAACGAUUCAAUUCUGCCUGCAAUUUAUCAGCACAUAUGCGUUCACAUACCGGUGAAAGACCGUAUGAGUGUAAAUUUUGUAGUAGAAGAUUUUCAGAUCGAAGUACACAUGUAAAACAUGUUCGAACUCAUACUAAUGAGAAACCUUUUGUUUGCACGGAUUGUGGAAAAGCAUUCUCGCUGUCAACGACUCUCAAGGCUCACGAAAAAACGCAUACUGGUGAGAAGCCAUACAGAUGUGAACCCUGCAACAAACAAUUUAAGCUUCCUCAUCAAUUGAAAGCACAUCAAAACAGUCAGCUACAUAAAAACGUUGUGGAGCAAAUAAGUGUUGUUUAAUGAACAAUAAUAGCAACGCUUAGGAAUUUUCAGAUAUAUUUUAUACAAAACCCAAAAAUGUAAAUUUCCUCAUCAGUUAAAAGCUUGUCAAAAACAGCAGUCUGCAGAAGAAUACUAUGAAACAAAUAAGUGCAGUAUUUUGAAGUCAAAAAAUUCAAUUAUCCAUAUUUUCAUAUAUGGAUAAAGGCAAAAAUUGUAUGUGUAAUUUCAUCUGUUGAUAAAAUUUAUUUUGUAAUACUUUUUGAUUUUUUUAUAAAAUUAAAUUAAAUAUGUGUACAAUAUAUAAACAUCUUAAGAACAAAAAAAUAAUAUUAAAGCAAAUUUUUCAUAACAAUUAUGUCUAUAUAUAAUUGCUUUACAAAUAAAAUGAUUUUUUUUUUUAAAAAAGAUCGAACUUAGU